ACUUACAGGAGGAAGGAGGGUGUCAAGGUUUUGUUGGAACGCCCUGUACUGCGAAUUUCACAGUGGUUUCCCCUCAUCCCCAUUGGCCUGUCAGGAUGUCUUCAACCACCCUGAGGACCUUCCAGGACCCUCCCAAAUCACCCUUUCUGGCGAAGUUGCCGAAGAAAAAUCCACGUAGAACGCAUGCGAGUCCUCUUCGUGGCCGUGGGCCACAAGAAGAUCGCAGAAGGCUGUGUAUGGACCACACCGCAAGCUGGCACCAAGCGAGCUGCAUCCUGUGUCUACGAUGAGCCAAGACGGACCGCACUGGUGAGUGACAAGUUCAAUUGUGCUCUCGAAAGUUUAGAGUUUUCGAAAUCAUAGACGGCACAUUAGACCUGUCGCCGUCCACGUAUGUCUAAGGAAACUUUGAGCCCUAGGGCCCCACAGCCUCCUGCUGUGACCGAUGACCGGGAAACCUGGGGCAAGAAGGUCGACUUCCUCUUGUCUGUCAUCGGUUUCGCAGUGGAUUUAGCCAACGUGUGGAGGUUUCCCUAUCUUUGUUACAAAAAUGGAGGGGGGGCAUUUUUGGUUCCUUACUGCAUUAUGUUGGUUAUCGGUGGUAUACCCUUAUUUUACAUGGAACUGGCACUGGGACAAUACAACAGAAAGGGAGCAAUAACUUGUUGGGGAAGAUUAUGUCCUUUGUUUAAAGGUAUUGGAUAUGCUGUCGUACUGAUAGCCUUUUACGUUGAUUUUUAUUACAAUGUGAUCAUCGCUUGGGCUCUAAGAUAUUUUUUUGCUUCUUUCACAAACCUGUUGCCUUGGACUACGUGUGAUAACCCUUGGAAUACACCAAACUGCAGGCCUGAAACCCUUAUGUUGCAGUUUGAAUUUCCCACGAAAUUUUCUAAUGAUAGUAACAGCACAGAUGUCAUCAUAGAAGCUAUUCCAGAUUCGAGAUUUGCAUCAGCAGCUUCAGAAUAUUUCAAUCGCGCCAUCCUAGAACUUCACCGGAGCGACGGUUUGCACGAUCUUGGGGCCAUAAAAUGGGAUAUAGCACUGUGUCUUCUGGCCGUUUACGUAAUAUGUUAUUUCUCGCUGUGGAAAGGCAUUUCCACGUCCGGAAAAGUGGUUUGGUUCACAGCCUUGUUUCCCUACGCCGUGCUGUUGAUCCUGCUAGGCAGAGGGAUCACACUUCCUGGAUCUGCGGAGGGGAUAAAGUAUUAUCUGAAUCCAAAUUUCAACGCCAUUACAUCUGCAGAGGUUUGGGUAGAUGCGGCAACACAGGUGUUUUUCUCAUUGGGUCCUGGAUUUGGUGUUCUUCUAGCCUACGCAUCUUACAAUAAAUACCACAACAAUGUUUACAAGGAUGCCAUCCUCACCAGUGUGAUCAACUCAGCAACAAGUUUCGUAGCAGGAUUCGUAAUUUUUUCCGUUCUGGGCUACAUGGCCCAUUCGGCAGGGAUACCAAUACAAGAGGUGGCAACUGAAGGUCCCGGUUUGGUUUUCAUAGUCUACCCAGCGGCCAUAGCAACCAUGCCCGGCAGCAUCUUCUGGGCGUUGAUAUUCUUCAUGAUGCUGCUCACGUUGGGCUUGGACAGCUCAUUUGGUGGAUCGGAAGCAAUAAUAACAGCACUAAGCGAUGAGUUCCCCAAGAUAGGAAGACAUCGAGAGAUCUUCGUGGCUUGCCUCUUCACCCUCUAUUUCGUUGUUGGCUUAGCCUCCUGCUCCCAAGGGGGCUUCUACUUCUUCCAUCUUUUAGACCGUUAUGCAGCCGGUUACUCUAUGCUGUUCGCUGUUUUCUUCGAAUCCAUUGCGGUUUCCUGGAUAUACGGGACGCAGAGGUUUUGCGAUGAUAUCAAAGAUAUGAUCGGGUUUUCACCUGGUAUCUACUGGAGGUUCUGUUGGAAGUUUGCGGCACCACUUUUUCUGCUCUUCAUCAUAUUUUAUGGACUUUUGGGUUAUGAGCCGCUGACGUAUGAAAACUACGUUUAUCCAGCGUGGGCCAAUGUUCUUGGUUGGAUCCUAGCAGGAUCGUCUGUUAUGAUGAUACCUCUUGUGGCUAUCAUCAAGUUUUUGAUGACUCCUGGGUCUUUUAUGAAGAGGAUGAAAAUUUUGACAACUCCUUGGCGAGAUUCCCAAGCUACCACUCAGAUCAACGGUACAGUUCAAUCAGAAACCAAUCAAGUACGUCUGACAACACCUGAAGCUCCGUAUCCCAAACCAGAGGAGGUGUGAGAAAAAAGAAUGACCAGAUUCCAAGAGUAUUACGUAUGACUGAUAGGUAUUUAGGCAUUUUGAGUUUUAGAUUAUCGAUGUAGGUGAAAACCAACGAAUAAUGUAGACUCUAGGUACGUUUUUUUCAUUCAAUCGAAGAAUGUGUACACCUUUUUCGAGAAAGAAAAAACUUAAACUAAGGGACCACAAAUAACACAGGAAAUACACAGAAUAAUGUACAAAAGGUAUUAAUGACCAGACACAUUUCUUGAAUAAGGUGUGCAUAAUUCUUCGAACAAAAGUUAUUAGCAGCAGACAAAGUAACAAUAAGUGGAUGUAAAUGUACAAUGUAAAAAUACGUAUACAUAUAGAGAAUUUUAGAUGAAACACAAGAAACUGAAAGAAGAAGAUUUCUUCGUACUUUAUGCCUUCGAAGGUACGUAGAAACUUUCAAGAACCAUAGAAAAUUGUUAUUUAUAAUCAUAAGCAUAGAAUAAUGUAUUUAUCUGUAUUCUAUGGUUAAAGUACACCUCUAUGACUGUACAUUUAACCUAGAAGUUAAUGUUAUAGAAACAAUUUUAGAGGGUAUCCAAGAGCUUAAAUGUGUAUCGAACUAUUAUUAGAACAACUGUAUAUAAAUAAAACAAACAAUGGAUCAGUAAAGUAGAUAAUUAUCACUUAUUAUCGUAAGGAAAAACUAGUUCUCUUGAAAAAUCAACAACAUAGGGCAUGUUGAAUUUUUCGAUAAACUCUUUAAAAUACGAUUGCCAGUACGUACAGCCAUAUUUUGAAUGAAGAUAUCGUUCAUUAUAAGAGUUGAUAAUCGUAUUUUAAUUGAUGGAAGUGCAAAUUUGAUUAUACACAUAAAAUAUCUAGUCUAGGUUAACAAACUUGUCCCCACAGGUGCUUAAUAUAAUGGUGUAAAAUCGUAGAUUAUACGUAGAAUGAGAGCUUAUUAUAUUUACUCGUAAAUUAAUAUUUUACACAAAGGUAAUCCGUCUUUAUAUAAGUAGAUGUUAGGUAUGUGGACUGGGAGUAUUUCGAAAUACACAGGAAGUCAGGCAGCCAAGAGACUUCCUGUAUAAAAAAUAGAAAGGAAUUGUAUUUAAGGAUUGGUAUUUUCCUACGCAUUUCUGAAUGAGUUUGUAGACAGAAGUAGAGGAAAACGAUGUAAAAUGUCGAUUUGAUAUGAUAGGUUACUUGCAACAGCCAUUGCAAGUAAUUAGAAAUAUGUUUUGUUUGGUAUACUGUUGGCAUUAAUAAAUAUUUAUUUAAA